AUGGAUACGGAGACCAUUACAGAACGCACAGGAGGAAACGACAUCGAGAAGACUCUAGGAUUACUAGGGGAAAUAAACGAAGACUGCAUCGGUUCCCACCUAAAUGAAAAGAAGACACCACCGAAAGUGUCACGAAAUGAACGGCCGCCCAUGAAGAGCGUGAUUAUGUCACUAUUUGAUUCGCUUGGUCUGGUCUCACCACUAACAACACCUGUAAAGAGGCUGAUGCAGGAAACAUGGCUAUAUAGAACUGGUUUGGAUGAACCUACUCCAGAAGAGCUCCAACCUCGCUGA